AUGUCACCGUCCCAUUCGUUCAUGUCACCGUCCCAUUCGUUCAUGUCACCUUCCCAUUCGUUCAUGUCACCUUCCCAUUCGUUCAUGUCACCUUCCCAUUCGUUCAUUUCACCUUCCCAUUCGUUCAUGUCACCUUCCCAUUCGUUCAUGUCACCUUCCCAUUCGUUCAUGUCACCUUCCCAUUCGUUCAUGUCACCUUCCCAUUCGUUCAUGUCACCUUCCCAUUCGUUCAUGUCACCUUCCCAUUCGUUCAUGUCACCUUCCCAUUCGUUCAUGUCACCUUCCCAUUCGUUCAUGUCACCUUCCCAUUCGUUCAUGUCACCUUCCCAUUCGUUCAUGUCACCUUCCCAUUCGUUCAUGUCACCUUCCCAUUCGUUCAUGUCACCUUCCCAUUCGUUCAUGUCACCCACUGUUGUCCCUUCAAUCGCUGCUUCCUUUUUGCAGAGGCCUCUUUCCCCCUUCUCACUCUCUCCCCCCUUCUCACUCUCUCCCCCCUUCUCACUCUCUCCCCCCCUCCUCACUCCGUUUCCCCCUGCUCACUCUUUUCCCCCUGCUCACUCUUUUCCCCCCUCCUCAAUCUGUUUCCCCCUUGCUCACUUUCUUCCCCCCUGCUCGCUCUCUUCCCCCUUGCUCACUAUGCUUCCCCCUGCUCACUCUCUUCCUCCCCCCUCACUCUGUUUCCUCUGCGCUCUCUCUCUUUCCCCCUGCGCGCUCUCUCUUUCCCCCUGCUCACUCUCUUCCCCCCUUCUCACUCUCUCCCCCACUCCUCACUCUGUUUUCCCCUGCUCACUCUCUUCCCCCCUUCUCACUCUCUCCCCCACUCCUCACUCUGUUUUCCCGUGCUCACUCUCUCCUCCUCACUCUCUUCCCCCCUGCUCACUGCCUUUCCCAGUCGCCCUCUCUUUCCCCCUGCUCACUCUCUUCCCCUCUUCUCACUCUCUCCCCCCUUCCUCACUCUGUUCCCCCCUGCUCACCCUCUCCUCCUCACUCUAUUCCUCCCUGCUCUAUUCCCCCUGCUCUAUCCCCCCCUGCUCUAUUCCCCCCUGCUCUAUUUCCCCCUUGCUAUAUGCUCUGUUCCCCCCUGCCCUAUCCCCCCCUGCUCUAUUCCCCCCUGCUCUAUUCCUCCCUGCUCUAUUCCCCCUGCUCUAUCCCCCCCUGCUCUAUUCCCCCCUGCUAUAUUCCCCCCUGCUAUAUGCUCUGUUCCCCCCUGCUCUAUUCCCCCCUGCUCUAUUCCCCCUGCUCUAUCCCCCCUGCUCUAUUCCCCCCUGCUCUAUUCCCCCCUGCUAUAUUCCCCCCUGCUAUAUGCUCUGUUCCCCCCCGCUCUAUUCCCCCCUGCUCUAUUCCUUCCUGAUCUAUUCCCCCCUGCUCUAUUCCCCCCUGCUCUAUUCCCCCCUGCUCUAUUCCCCCUGCUCUAUCCCCCCCUGCUCUAUUCCCCCCUGCUAUAUUCCCCCCUGCUAUAUGCUCUGUUCCCCCCUGCUCUAUUCCCCCCUGCUCUAUUCCCCCUGCUCUAUCCCCCCUGCUCUAUUCCCCCCUGCUCUAUUCCCCCCUGCUAUAUUCCCCCCUGCUAUAUGCUCUGUUCCCCCCUGCUCUAUUCCCCCCUGCUCUAUUCCCCCUGCUCUAUCCCCCCUGCUCUAUUCCCCCCUGCUCUAUUCCCCCCUGCUCUAUUCCCCCUGCUCUAUCCCCCCCUGCUCUAUUCCCCCCUGCUAUAUUCCCCCCUGCUAUAUUCCCCCCUGCUAUAUGCUCUGUUCCCCCCUGCUCUAUUCCCCCCUGCUCUAUUCCCCCCUGCUCUCUUCCCCCUUGCUCUCUCUCUUCUCACCUCCUCAGGUUGUUUCCCCCUAG